AUGGAGAAGGUUCGAAAUCUACCUCAAGAGUUGGUGGAGAAUAUCCUUGUGAGACUGCCGUGCAAGUCGUUGAUGCGCUUCAAGUGUGUGUGCAAACACUGGUUUGCUCUUUUACACUAUGACACCAAGUUCUUGUCUCGCCACUUUAUCAAAAACCAAAACUCUGCUGCGAAUGACGUGCUUCUCAAGCUUCCCUCCCACAUAGUGAAUGACCUGAAAUUGGAAAUAUACAAACUCUUUUCCUUGUCUGCCACUGGCAUUGGCAUGGAAACCCCAAUACCCCCAUGGCCAUCCAAAUAUUUUUCAAGGUGCUACCAAAUUUGUGGUCACUCUAAUGGUAUAGUGUGCUUGUCUUCACUUGAUUAUAUUCUUUUGUAUAACCCAUUAACCAGAGAAUUUAGAAAACUUCCUCCUUUCACUAUUGAGCAUAGCUCACGUGUAGCAGUUGGAAUGGGGUAUGAUUCCUUCACUGAUGAUUUUAAAGUUAUAAGCAUUCGGAAAAGGCAGAACGCCACAGAUUAUUAUGCUAGGGUUGUUGAGCAAUAUACUUUAAGUACAGAUUCGUGGGCAGUGAUGCCUAAUACCAAUGUUGAGCUUUUGUAUUUAAAUUAUAAUGAUUUUGCAAUGUGCUUUAAUAGAACUUUCUACUGGUGGGCACGGUACCGUGAAGACUAUUCCAUUGUAAUUGUGGCAUUGAAUAUGGAUGAUGGGGUUUUCCAAAUGGUGCCAAAGCCACCGGGUGUCAAUAUUAUCGAACGCAAUGGUAGUACUCUAACUGUGUGGAAUGACUCCAUCUCACUGGUCUGCUGUAGUUAUCAAUCCCCGUCCAAUUUUGACAUAUGGGUGAUGGGUGGAUUUGGUUCUUGGACCCACAUGAGAACUAUAAAACAUUUGACAGAAGAAGUGCCUAAACCUUGGGUUUUCUGGAAGGGGAAUGAGCUUCUUAUGGAGAUGGUGUCUUGUGGAAAGAUCACGUCCUACAAUGUUGAUACAAAAGAAUCUAAGGAUGUCCUAAUAAAGAUGAUGCAUACAGAUGGAAUCUCAUGUUUUCAAGCUGUGAAUUAUGUGACUAGGUUGAUGAAAGUUGUCACUAAAAUUAAGGAAACAUUUGGAAUUUGA